GUCUGCCGCGAGAGCCUCGAUUCAAUGUAUCACCAAAGCUCAGCAGUGGCGGACGUGUACCGAGGUUCGUUGUUUGUUCGUUCUCAUGUUACUUCACUGUGUAUGUGUGUUGCAAUUUCAUAGUACGCGCCGUAGUGUUUGAAUCCUGCCCCAUCGUAAGAGUGUAAAAGGGAAGAACGAAUAAACCAGAGUUAGUCUGAUCCUCUUGUUGAAGGGGGGGUGGAAGUAGGGAUCCCGGGGAGAAAGAUCAGUCGGGCCGGGUCUACCAUUCCGAUACGGACACACAAACACCACGUUCUACCGGAAACGUAUAGCGUGCAGAGAAGAACAUGGCGUCCAGCAGCGAUCGUCAACCGGUGACCGAGCGUGGCGAUUCGGUUUAAACGUGUGCCCGGAUCCGUUCCAGUUGCAUUGUUGGUUCCGUGUCGGUGAUGUCUGUGAUUACACAUUGACGCAAAGUGACGCGCUGUUUUACCGUGGGCUUCACCAUAUUUGCUGUGUGUUUUGUUUUCGUUUUGUUUGCAUCCCGAUCAAACACCUCAUUUCAAGCGUGACGGUGAAAUUUGCUUGGUACGGUUUUUGGUGGAGUGAUUUUGUAUUCACGCGAGUUUGCCGAGUGACGUGAAGGUGAAAUCAAGCACAAAGUGUCUCUAUCCCGUUGUUAAUGCCGUGUUUUGUGUGUCUGAAUUAAUACCAAAAAAAUAAGUCAUCGAUGCUGUACGUGUGCCAGUGAAAAUUGUGCUCCACGGCAUGAAGCAGUUGAAUCAACAAAAAAUCGUACCAACUGUACAAAGUAUGGUUAUCAACAGCAGAAGAUGAAACCCUACACGAUCGUGGAUAAAAGUCAGCAGUAAAUUCUAGCUAGCAAUUCCAUCGUACCCUUCGGCAGUUGUGCUAUUUCUUCUUGGAUAUCAUCAACACCGGCGGUUUGUUUUGUUUGUUCGCAUUGUGCAGACGUCACCUACAAUUUGGGACUACUCAGCCUUAGUAUGGUAGACUACUGCAAUACGCGCACGGCAACAUCUAACGGGGCCUCCAUUACGACCGCACUACCUGCCACCUUUCGGGCGGGAAAAACACGUCCAAUGCGUGAAAAAUCAUCGCUGCAUAAAUCAUUGGGCGAAGGAACGGAUGCGGGACAGCAGGGACGAGUACGGACGGUACGUUUGGUACGACCACAUCAUGGCAACCAUCGGAAUCUACCGAUUACCGGUAGUAACUUUGGAUUUUCAAUACGCGGUGGACUAGAGUAUGGUACGGGAUUCUUCGUCUCGGCAAUAGAACGUGACUCCGAGGCAGACCGACAAGGAUUGAAGGUUGGAGAUCAGAUAAUACGCGUCAAUGGGUAUCAGGUGGAGGAUGCAGUUCAUCGAGAGUUAGCACAAUUCAUCGCCAACCAGGAGCGACUCAUAAUGAAAGUUCGUGGACUAGGCAUCCUGCCGAUUAAAGAACGUACAGCUGAUCCUCUUACUUGGCACGUAGUAUCAUUUGGUGUGUCACGCGACAAACAGGAUGCGCUUCUACUUGAGGAACCGUGUGGUGGGCGUGAUCUGAAGGUGAUCCUUUCCGUAGCACCCCGUACCAAGCUUGGCUGUGGCAUUUGUAAAGGACCGGAAUGGAAACCGGGCAUAUUUGUACAGUUUACAAAAGAGGGUGGUGUAGCACGAGAAGCCGGACUGCGGCCAGGUGAUCAGAUUCUUUCCUGCAACGGGCACAGUUUCGCCGAAGCAUCCUUUGGGGAGGCGGUAGCGGUGAUGAAGUCCUCUCACGUGCUAGAGCUAGUGGUGCGUCCGAGCGCUGGUUUGGACCUGUUCCCGGGUGAAUCAAGCGGUUACAACAGUUCGGCGAGCAGCGUUAAUGGCGACCAGAGUCCUUGCUGGGGUGAUCAAACUUCCAAACGUUUAAGCAUCGUACGGGAGGAGUCGAUUUCGCACGACCGCCGAAGACUGGCAGCGGUACCGACGGUGCUGGAACUUCCAAACGGCACUGAUAAACAAUCUGCCGCUCCACCUCCACCACCGCCGCAACCCCAGCCCAGUCAGGAACCAAAACAACAGCAUCAACAGGUGCAACAGCAGUCACAGUCAAGGGGCACAUUGGCCGGUCCGACACGCAAGAAGAACACCACCAUCAUCGAGUUCUCCGAGCGAGGUGCGAUCGUGAACCCUGAAGCGAAACAGAGUGAAACGAAAACGAUCAUUGUCGAGGUGCACCGAAGCGCAUCGGCCGGCUCGAUGGUGGAGGAUGAGUCAAGCAAUGGGACAUCGUCGGGCACGAUCAUUCCACCUCCUCCGCCACUGUUCGCCGAUGCGGUCGCGUCCAGUUCGCAAUCGACGAUGAAUUCGUCCACGGUCACAGGCACAACGGCUCAGGAACAGCAGGCGUCCACGGCAGCUGCCGCUGCAGCAGCGGCAGCCCACAGCUUAAGCAAUGCAAUAUCUGACGAACUACGCCGACGGGCACAGAAGAAAGCAACUCCGGGAGGAAUGGAUCCCGCCACCGGACCGGCUGCAGCACUGACCGAGCUAGAGAACCGUUUGAAAGAGAAGAACGUACGGUUGCGCCCGGUAACGAUGGCCAUAUCUGACGAACGACAUACGGCACUGAUGGACGAGUUCCGGGCAGUGCAUAAGCGCAUGUUCAAGAAUGGAUUUGACAACGCGGAACUAAAGAAACAACCAACGAAACCGAUCGCCAACAGUGCGGAUCAGAACCAUUCCUCCGCCCACGGUGAUACGGGUGGUAACGGUACGAGAAAAUCCCCCAAAGGAACGAUGGGUCGUGUGGCUGCGUCCGAGAUGGCGAAAGCGAGCGGUGACAGUGCCGAGCUGGAAUCGAUCGAAUCGUUCAAGCUGAACAAUCCACAGCCACCACCGGUCCGUCCGCCGUCCUACUACUUCUGUCCGCAGGCAACCGGUCCGCCGACGAUGAAGAAAUCCCAAAAACCGAUCGCCGUCACGAUCAGCGAGUAUGCGACGAGUGCGGCACGGACGGAAGAGACAACAAAAUCGACACGAUUCGAUUUUGGACAGCUCCGAUCGGUAACGGAAGCGAUUGGCGGUGGUGCUGGCCCGGUGCCCGGCAUCAAAGACGGUGCCUCAAACCGACAACGUCACGCACCGAUGACGUAAACAGUUCACUAGCUUUACGGCUUCAUGCACGGAAGUAAUCUAAUGUAACGACCAAAUAAGAUUCAAUGGAAAAAUGGAAAGAAAUGUCGUAGUUUUACGAUAACGCUACGAUAAGGAGUGACCGAACGAGUCAUACGCUGCACACUGCACGGUUCAUAAGGUGACUGCUUCUUUUGUUUGUUUAUGGUGAUGCAAUAUGUAAAAUAUGUAUUGUAAAAUUGUUCGUAAAGGAUCCAAUGUAAUUGAUCGAUUAAAAAAUGUGAUUGUGGAUAUUGAAGGUUGAUGAAU